ACAGCUCCGAUUCUACACUGGCAGAGAGCGCGAGAGAGGGAGCGAGCGAGGGAGAGGGAGUGAGACAGAGGGAGAGAGAGAGAUUCUCCUCCUGCGCCGGGUCCACAUUUGCACGAUGGCAUCAGACCCGGGGCUGCUGCCCCUCUUAGUGUGGACUAUAUCGAUACAGGUCCUGGGCUCCAGAGGAACGGCCAGCAAUGAAGUGAACCUCCUGGACACAACCAAGGUAUCAGGAGACUGGGGGUGGCUCACGUACCCGUCACAUGGGUGGGAUGCAAUCAACGAGAUGGACGAGUAUUUCAGCCCCAUCCACACGUACCAGGUGUGUAACGUCAUGAGCCCGAGCCAGAACAACUGGCUCAGGACCAACUGGAUCCAGCGAGACGGCGCCCGGCGCAUUUACAUCGAAAUAAAGUUCACGCUGCGAGACUGCAACAGCAUGCCAGGUGUGCUCGGCACCUGCAAGGAGACGUUUAACCUCUACUACUGCGAGACCGACCGCGACAUUGGGACGACCAUCUGGGAGAGUCAGUUUUCCAAGAUCGACACCAUCGCGGCCGACGAGAGCUUCACGAACGUGGAUCUAGGCGUGCGGAGACUUAAGCUCAACACCGAAAUACGCGGCGUGGGACCACUCAGCAAACGCGGGUUCUACUUGGCGUUCCAGGAUAUAGGCGCGUGCAUCGCCGUUGUGUCGGUGCGGGUUUACUACAAACGCUGCGCAGGCAUGGCUCGCAAUCUGGCCAUCUUCACGGACGUGGUGACGGGGGCGGACUCGUCCUCGCUCGUGGAGGUCAGAGGUCAGUGCGUGGACCAUGCGGAAGAAAGAGACACCCCCAAGAUGUACUGCAGCGCCGAGGGGGAGUGGCUUGUUCCUAUUGGGCGGUGCGUGUGCAGCGCUGGGUUUGAGGAGCACAGGGACAACUGUAUUGCCUGUGAGGUGGGUUUCUACAAGCCGGUGGCGGGGGAUCAGCGCUGUGGGAAAUGUCCUCUCCACAGUCACUCAGAGACGAGAGCGGCUGUAACCUGCCCGUGUGAUACAAACUUCUAUCGCUCUUCUACAGACCCGCCUGAUUCUCCCUGCACACGACCUCCGUCAGCUCCUGUAAAUGUCAUAUCGUCUGUGAACGGCACCUCCGUCAGUUUGGAGUGGGGUUCUCCUCUGGACACAGGAGGCCGCAGGGACGUGGUCUACGAUGUGAUGUGUCUAAAAUGUGACAAAGAGGGGACGCAGUGCGAGGAAUGCAAGAGGGUCGGCGCGGGGAGCAACGGGGUAAGCAACAUCCACGGAGCUCCUGGAGAUGCCAGCGCACCAGCUGUGGGAAUGAUUGGAGGAACCGUGAAUGGGGUCUUGGUGGCCCGGACGGGUGUGCUACCUUUGCGCUUUAUCCCUCAGCAGACGGGGCUGACAGAACCGUGGGUCACUGUGUUGAACCUAGCAGCGCACACCAACUACACCUUUCGUAUUGUGGCGCUGAAUGGAGUUACACACCUGAGCAACGAGCUGCCCCAGUCUGUGAUGGUCAACAUCACCACAAAUCAGGCAGCUCCAUCUCAAGUGAUGGCUAUACGUCAAGAGAACGCCAGUCAAAACAGCGUCAAUCUCUUCUGGCACGAACCCGACCAGCCCAACGGAGUUAUUUUAGAAUAUGACAUCAAGUAUUAUGAAAAGGACAAUGAGCAGAUCAGUUAUGCCACGCUGAAGUCGAGGAACACCAGUGCUAAAGUGUCAGGGCUGAAGCCCGGCACCAGCUACAUCUUCCAGAUACGAGCCCGAACCUCGGCCGGCUGUGGACGAUUCAGUCAGUCGGUGGAGAUACAGACGGGCAAAGCGAUUCCCCGCCGAUACACCAACACGACGAUCUUGUGGAUCUGCAUGGUGUCAAUAACAGGACUCCUGACAUUUCUGGCGGUUGUCAUCUGCAGAAAACGGCAAGAGGAGAACUUUGAAUUACGCUGUGGAUACAGUAAAGCUUUCCAAGACUCCGACGAGGAGAAGAUGCACUACCAAAACGGCCACGUAUCAUUUCCAGAAGCCAGAUUUUAUAUUGAUCCCCACACAUAUGAGGACCCCUGCCAGGCCGUCCACGAGUUUGCCAGAGAAAUCGAAGCGUCCAGGAUCAAAAUAGAGAAAAUCAUUGGUUCAGGAGAGUUUGGUGAAGUGUGCUACGGCCGGAUGAAGCUGCCGGGUAAACGUGAUGUUCCAGUGGCCCUGAAGACGCUUAAAGCCGGUUACACUGAGAAACAGAGGAGAGAUUUUCUCAGCGAGGCCAGCAUCAUGGCACAGUUCGACCAUCCUAACGUCAUCCAUCUGGAGGGGGUUGUUACUCGCAGCAAACCGGUAAUGAUCAUCACGGAGUACAUGGAGAACGGCUCCCUGGACUCUUUCUUGAGGAGACACGACGGUCAGUUCACUAUUAUUCAGCUGGUGGGGAUUCUCCGUGGCAUCGCGGCUGGCAUGACGUACCUGUCUGAUCUGGGAUACGUCCAUCGCGACCUGGCUGCCAGGAAUGUUCUGGUCAACAGUAAUCUAAUGUGCAAGAUCUCCGAUUUCGGUUUGUCACGUGUUUUAGAAGACGACCCGGAUGCUGCCUACACUACGAGUGGUGGAAAGAUUCCCAUCCGCUGGACGGCCCCGGAGGCCAUCGCCUAUCGAAAGUUCUCCUCCUCCAGUGACGUGUGGAGUUAUGGAGUGGUGAUGUGGGAAGUGAUGUCAUAUGGAGAACGGCCAUAUUGGAACUUGACCAACAGAGAUGUGAUUAAGUCCGUAGAGGAGGGAUACAGACUUCCUGCCCCCAUGGCCUGCCCGGGUGCCCUUCAUACGCUCAUGCUGGACUGCUGGCAGAAAGAUCGCAACGAAAGACCCAGAUUCUGCCAGAUCGUCACAGUCCUGGACAAGCUGAUCCGGAACCCCGAGAACCUCAAGUCGCUGGACACAUUGUGCAGACUAAACAGUCCUUUGAUGAACAGAAGUAUUCCUGAUUUCACCAGCUGCCGGUCGGUGAAUGAGUGGCUGGACACCAUUAAGAUGGGCCGUUAUAAGGACCGCUUCGCCGCGGGGGGCUACCUGACUUUGGGGCAUGUGAUGAGCAUGAAUCAACAUGACAUGCAGAGGUUGGGUGUGACAUUAAUGGGUCAUCAGAAGAAGAUCAUGACCAGUGUCCAGGUGAUGAGAGUCCAGAUACUCAACCAGAGCGUCCCGUCAGUGCACAUAUAAUCACGGACCAUUCCAAAAUAUAAAGACACAUUGAUCUGAUAUGUGUUUGAGUCUUGUGUAUGAACUUCAGCUGAAGGGGAACCAUGCGUGGACUAUAUACUGAGAAACACGGCUGGUUUUGUUCUUCGACGAGACCUUCUGCAAUUUUCUCUUUUACCUUCUUUUGUAAAUGUAUGGACUGCCUUAAAUGACACAAUUUAUUUAAAUAUUGUUGUACAUGGAUACAGAUUUUAUGAAUAAUAGAGUCAUGCGUAUGUAAGGAACUGGACCUAAUGAAUAUUAAAGAGUUGGAAAUUAAUAUGAAUAGUGUAAAUGUUUUGCCACACAUACAAUAGCACCUCAAUGGCAUGGAUGAAACGACUGCCUCAAACGCAAAAGAAAACAAGACACAAAGAUUAAAUUAAUGAAGAACACAAUGAGAACAACUAUACAAAAGUGAUGACAAACCAAGACACUCAAGAGGAAUGUUUGGGCUCUUGACAACAGCUGCGUUAUGCACACAAAUAUGGACGAACACUGAAUUAGUGUCUGUUUGUACGAAGGGAUAAAGAUAAUUAUGUAUGUCAUGUGUUUGAUUAAACGGCCAAAAACUCAACCUGCUGUUAUUUAUUGCUUACGAACAGCAUUUUUCCUGUGGAUCCCUAUGGGAAAGGGAGAAGAAGAUUCGUGUAAAUGCUGGUCUAUGGAAAAUAACAAAAACUUGAGAGAUCUGUCGCAAAUUAAAUCUGUGUUUUUUUAAGUUACAGCUUGGCAGGCUUUUAAAUAUUCAUUUUUGCCUUGAGAAAAUGUUAAGCUCUCAUAAACUUGGGAGUCUUGAGGUUUAUAAAUGCGCCUGUAAAGGUGGGAAUGACAAAUCCGAACAUGCCAUAUUCCCCUCAUUUAGUUUCCUAUCGUGCACAAUUCAUCUGUUUAUUAAAAUGUUUGUCCUUUUAUCGAGAUGCAAUUUCCAGCUUUCAGUUACACAAACAUGUCAUCACAGAAGUACAGAAAAUUUCAUUCAUGUUGAAUUAAAAAUGUUUUAAAUGCUGG